UUUUUUUUUGUUAGGGUUGAAUAGAAUGAACGAUGCCUUGAUCACUAGCCUAAAAAUAAACCGAUGUAUCCUCUCUUUUUAACCCAUAUCCCAGACCAAGCUUUUUAUUAUUAUUAUUAUUAUGUUAGCUUCCUCGCCAUUGCUUGUUCGAAGUAGAAAGCAAUAAUAAAAUCAAAUGAAAAUAGGUAUGUUUUAGUUUCUACACGCUAGCAUGUUCUUUUCCCUUCAUCUUUCAGGGUUGGUAAGGCAAAUUAACCUUGGUCAGACCACUGAUCCGUUCGACAUAGAAGAAAUUCUGGUACGUUUAUAUGAAAAGAGGAUUUCAUGCUAUAUUUAGUAAAAUACUAUUUUCUUCAAUAGCGAUGAGAUUUAGCUUUGUUUAGCUUUGUUGUGCAUCGGAGGAGAAGCGUAAGGUGAUUUCGUGUAAACGCGAGGGAAACCUAGCAGGGAGGAAUUAUAAUUUGAAGGCGGCAGCUUAGGAUGCUUUAAAAGCUGCCUCAAAAAACUAGUUGAAUGGGUAGAAAUUAUGGUUUGCAACUUCAGCCAACUAGUUUUUUGCGGCAAAUUAAGGGUCAAUGAGUGCAUUAGAAAGUGAUUUGAAGAAAUUUGGUGCUCCUUGAGCAUGGAGGAAAGUUAAAGAAAUCAAGCAUUGAAAGAACAAGUUAACCGAAAUUUAUUUGAGACUUUGCUUAUGAUGUUGCUUAAGAUCCUGUUAGAGAUCCUGCUUAAGGUAAGCAGCAGUGCUUAAGGUGCAGUACAGGUCAAGUUGAAAGUCAAGCAUAAGCAGAAAAACUCAUUUUAUUCCAAACCUGCCGAGAUUUGCUGAGGGUCUGCUUAACCUUAAGCAGACAGUGCAACCAAAGGCUGAAAUUUGCUGAAGAAGCUGCUUAGGGUUAAGCAGUACCCUAAGCAGACUGUCCAGAAAGUGAAUAAUGCUGCUGACUUGGAUAAUUUUACACCAUUUCCUAUCCACUCCUUGACUCUUAUCUAUUUUUUUGGCAACCUUUGGGACUAUAUAAAAACAUAAUUUUCUAGCUUUUGCCACAAGAGGAAACGGGAAGAAACAAAGAAAAGAAAAAAAUUAUAAAUAGAAAGAGGAGGACGCCAUUUUUCUGAGGGAGGAGCUGCUGCAAUCAUCUUUGGGAGCUCCAGAAAUCAGAGUUUUGGGUUUUUCUACCUGUGUUUUUCUAUUUUUAGUCCUCUUAUCAUGUUUUUCUUUACUUUUCCAUCAAUCUUUCUUGUAAAUACCAAUAUGAGUGAAUAAACUCUUUGGAUUUCAGAGUUAGGAAAUAUAUUUUAGAUUAAUUUAUGGAUUUGGACUAGGUAUUUUCAUAUUUUAUAUAAAUAUGAGUUUUGAUUCCUUCCUUGUGUGCUUGUUUUACUUGCCUAAUGUUGGUACCCAUUGAGUAUUGUGUUAAUCUUUGAUUGAAGGACCGAAAGGUGAAAUUCAUUGAUAGAUAAUCAAGGAUUGGAGCUUAAAAUUACUUAGAUUUAGAAAUAAACUAGGGUUUUAAGAGGAAUUAAUGAUUGAUUACAAAACUUAAUUGAUUUUAAAUUAAUCAAAUACCGUACGAAAGUAGGUUUGGUUAUUUUAGAACACACUUUAGUUUGCUUGAAUAAGAUAUCAAAGGAAUUUAGAAUCAAUCACAUUCAAACUCUAUUUUCUCUUAAAAUUGAAAUAUUCAAGACAAAUCUCAAUUAAUUUAUGCAUAAACCCCCAACUCUGAAAUCACUUUAAACAUAAUUAGACUUUGAUUUAAAUUACCCGUUAUUAAUUUAGUUCAAUUGCAUUUAGAUUUAGAAUUUAUUUGCUUGCUCUUUACCCAUUCUAAUUAGAUUAAUCAAUUUACUUUGCUCAUUUACGUUUACCAUUUAUUCACCAAUUAUUAGCCCAAAUAAUCGCUUCAUUCAUAGUUUGGUACUCAAACGACAAAUCCUCGUAGGAACGAUACUUGAUUCAUCAUUCUAUUACUUGAGACGACCUAUACACUUGCGAAUUCGUGCAACAAGUUUUUGGCCCUGUUGCCGGGGAUUUGAUUUUUGUUUGAUAUUGAACGAUUGUUUGUUUAGUUAAUUUGGGCAUUUCAUUUUAUUUUAUUUUCUUUUACCAUUUUACUUUGAGAAUUUGUUUAUAUUGUUUUUCAAAUACUUUAUUUUAUGAGAAGGACAAAAAGUGAAGAAAUCAAUUUAUUAUUUAAUCCAGAAAUAGAAAAGACAACAAGAGUUUUAAGAGCAGAAUCUAAGAGGAGAAAAGCUGAAUUUAAAGCUCAACAACAAGAAGAAAGAGCACAAGAGCAAGAGCAAUUACAUGAAGAAAUGGCCAAUAACAAUAACAACCGCUCUGUGAAGGAUCACGCCUAUCUUAACAUUGGGGAUUUCAUGUCAAGUAUCACAAGACCAAGAGUAGAAGCUAAUAAUUUUGAAUUAAAGCCUGCACUCUGUCAGAUGGUACAACAAUCACAAUUUGGGGAAAGUCCAAGUGAAAGUCCACAUGUGCAUCUAUCACACUUUAUUGAGAUCAGUGAUAUGUUGAAGAUAAAUGGAGUUUCUAAUGAUGCAAUUCGACUCAGAUUAUUUCCUUUUUAUUUGAAGGACCGAGCUAAAGAGUGGUUACAUUCUUUGCCACCGGGUUCUAUCACAACAUGGGAUGAACUUUCUCAAGCAUUUUUAGCUCAAUAUUUUCCACCAAGCAAGACAGUUAAGCUAAGAAAUAAGCUGACUUCUUUCAAACCUAGAGAUGAUGAGAGCUUAUAUGAAGCAUGGGAGAGGUACAAGGAUUUGCAAAGGAGAUGUCCACAUCAUGGGAUUCCUAAGUCGAUGCUUGUUCAACACUUUUACAAUGGAGUUUCACCAACUAUUAGAAGUACAAUUGAUGCAUCUUCUGGAGGUGAUCUUAUGGAGAAAUCUGAAGAUGAAGCUUUUUCUGCUUUAGAUAAAAUUGCUUAUAACAAUUACCAAUGGAGUUGUGAGAGGAAUGAGAUCAAGAAACCAGCUCGUAUGUUCGAGCUUGAUGCUAUGAAUAUGAUUAAUGCUAAGUUUGAUGUUUUGACAAGGAAGAUGGACAAGCUAAGCAUGAAAGUAAAUUCUUCAGUUGGAGCUUCACGUAAUUUAGUAGAUGUUGGAGCUGCAAAUGUCAAUUGUGCAACUGAUUUUUCUACAUUUAGUCAAGAUUUUUCAAGUGAGCAAGUAGAUUAUGUGGGGAACUACAAUCAAAGACCAGGUGGUAACCCAUUUUCUGCAACUUAUGAUCCAGCAUGGAGAAACCACCCCAAUUUCUCUUGGGGAGGUAGACAAGGACAACACCAAAAUUUUCAGCAACCUUCUGGGUAUCAACAACAUCAGAAUUUUCAACAGAAUAUAUGUCCUCCUCUUGGAAUUCCCAAACCUCAAAAUGGGCCUGCUCCACCACAACCACAACAAUCUCCACCACAAAAAGCACAACCAGACAAGACAGCUAGAUUGGAAACUAUGAUUGAGACUCUAUUAGUGAGCCAUCAAAGUCAACCAGAAAUGAUUUCUCAAUUAGCAUCUAAAGUGGAUCAAAUGGCAAAACACACAACAAGAUGUUAGAGAAUUAAAUAGCUCAACAGGCUAGCUCUUCAAAUAGUAAAGCUUUUGGGAAGCUUCCUAGCCAACCUGAGAAUCCAAGGGAGCAGUGCAAUGCUGUUACUUUAAGAAGUGGAAAGGUAAUGAGGGAAGAACACGAAAUUGAAGUAAAGUUGAAAGAAAAGAAAGAUGAGUGUGAGAGUGAAUCCACUUCAACUAAAACUAAAGCUAAUAAGGAAGCAAAUGAAGAGAAAAAAGAUAAGAAGAAAAUAGAAGAGAAAUAUGUGCCUCCUGCACUGUACAAGCUACCAUUGCCCUUUCCUCAGAGGUUUCAGAAAGCACAAUUAGAUAACCAGUUUGGGAAAUUCCUUAAAGUUUUGAAGAAGUUGUAUAUCAACAUUCUAUUCACCGAUGUCAUUUCUCAAAUGCCUUCUUAUGCUAAGUUUUUGAGGGAGAUUUUAUCAAAUAAAAGAAGGUUGGAAGAUUAUGAAACUGUUGCACUUACUGAGGAGUGCAGUGCUAUAUUGCAGAACAAGCUCCCACCUAAGCUGAAAGAUCCUAGAAGUUUUUCCAUACCAUGUCACAUUGGAGAAACAAGUAUUGAGAGAGCAUUAUGUGACUUGGGGACUAGUGUUAGCUUGAUGCCGCUUUCCAUAUGUGAGAAGUUAAAGGUUGGAGAUCUAAAGCCCACAACUAUUUCUUUGCAGUUAGCUGACAGAUCUAUAAAGUAUCUAGUUGGGAUUUUAGAGAAUGUGCCAUUAAAAGUUGGAAAGUUUUUCAUUCGAAAGUUUUUCAUUCUAGUGGAUUUUAUUGUACUAGAGAUGGAGGAGGAUGUAAGAACGCCCAUCAUACUUGGAAGGCCAUUUUUAGCCACUGCAGGAGCUAAUAUAGAUGUAAAGAAUGGGAAAUUGAAGUUGACAGUUGGGGUGGAGGAAAUAGAGUUUAAUUUAUUCCAACAUUCCAAGAAACCAGCUAUGAUGAAUUCUUGUUAUAGGGUAGAUGUUAUAGAGCAUGAUGCUGAAACUGAAGUUACUAAACUAGAGGAAAAUCAAGCUAUUCCAAUGCAAUGCAAUCAGCAUAAAGUGCGAAAGAAAAAGUCAGCUUCACCACCUCAUUUGAUUAACAAUGAAGCUUCGAAAGUUAAGCUCAAGCCUCCAUCAAAAUCACUCAAAAGAGGAGAUUCAUAUAAAGUUUGUAAGAAUAAUCUUCAAGAUAUAGUUGGGAUUCUGAAUAAAGCAACAAGUAUUUUCACAUAUAAUAGGAAAAAGUUGAAGUAUAAAUUCAUUUCAACACCUGUUGUGAAGGGAGGUAAUAUUUUCCAAUUCCAACCACCAUGAGCUUUGAAAAGAAGGUCAAGCUUAAAACCUUAAACAAGCGCUUAUUAGGAGACAAGUCAAGCGUAUCCUUUUAUAGUUUAUUAAUUUUCUAUUUCAUCUCAUUUUAGUUUUUACCCUCAUUAAACUCAAAAGUGAUAUUUGUUUAUUUUUUGUAGGUUAUUCACGAAGAUUGGGCAAAUUGAGACUUGUAGCAAAGAAAGGACGAAUUGAGAGGGAGCAAGUAUAAAGCAAAUUCAUGCAUUUAUCUAGUCCCUGUGAACAAUAACACUUUUAAACUUGUGCUAAAUUGUUGAUAUUGAAAUCUACUUGAUAGCACAUGUUUAAUUUUACGUCUUGUGUAAAUUUUGUGAAAUGCAACUUGAAUGAGGAUCAAUUUUGAUAUUUAGGACUAAUGUGAACUUUAUUAAAGUGUAAAAAUGGUGUUUGUUAA